UCUUGGAAAAACGGAACAGUAGGAUUGACGACGCAGUUCAGCUAGCAGCUACAAUCCAAUCCGUCAAGAAACGAAAGCAAGCCAAUCAGCCACGUAUCCACUAUUUGGUAGCUGUGAGCCUCCUUCGAUAUUUGGAAUACAAGGAAAUUGUUGCCAUGAACUGGUGUGCCGGGCAGGUGUAGCUGCGUGGCUGAGAGGAGGAGGAUCUCCAGACAGCGCCCCCAGACCUGCGGAGGAGAACUGCAGUCUGUUUUAACCCCCCUCCAGACUCCCAUCUUUCUGCCCCCCACCCAUGGAUGAGAGGGAGUGAGGCUGGUCGGACACAGGAGAGCGCGCCAGGGCAGGCCAGGAGGGCAGCAGCCGAGGAGAGGAGGAGCCAGGACAGGAUGUCGUCCAACAGGAGUCAGAGCUCUCACGGGCUGCGGCAGAUUGGGCUGGACCAGAUCUGGGACGACCUGCGAGCAGGGAUCCAGCAGGUGUACACGCGCCAGAGCAUGGCCAAGUCACGCUACAUGGAGCUCUACACACAUGUGUAUAACUACUGCACCAGCGUGCACCAGGCCAGCCGGGGGCCCACGGCCCCCCCCAAGCCCUCCAAGAAGAGCACCACCCCGGGGGGGGCCCAGUUUGUGGGUCUGGAGCUCUACAAGAGGCUCAAGGACUUCCUGAAGAACUACCUGACCAGCCUGCUCAAGGAGGGAGAGGACCUGAUGGAUGAAGGUGUUCUGAAGUUCUACACCCAGCAGUGGGAGGAUUACCGCUUCUCCAGCAAGGUGCUGAACGGCAUCUGUGCCUACCUAAACCGUCACUGGGUCCGCCGCGAAUGUGACGAGGGCCGCAAGGGCAUCUACGAGAUCUACUCGCUGGCUCUGGUGACCUGGAGGGAGAGUUUAUUCAGACCUCUCAACAAACAGGUAACGAAUGCGGUGCUUAAGCUGAUAGAGAAGGAGAGGAAUGGAGAGACGAUCAACACCAGACUGAUUAGUGGAGUGGUGCAGUCCUACGUGGAGCUGGGACUGAAUGAGGAGGACUCGUUUGCGCGCGGCCCCACCCUGUCUGUGUAUAAGGAGUACUUUGAGUGCCAGUUCCUCACAGACACGGAGCGCUUCUACACCAGAGAGAGCACCGAGUUCCUGCAGCAGAACCCUGUCACCGAGUACAUGAAGAAGGCGGAGGCGCGUCUCCUGGAGGAGCAGAGGCGUGUGCAGGUGUACCUGCAUGAGAGCACCCAGGAUGAGCUGGCCAGGAAGUGUGAGCAGGUCCUCAUUGAGAAGCACCUGGAGGUGUUCCACACCGAGUUCCAGAACCUGCUGGACGCAGACAAGAACGAGGAUCUGGGCCGGAUGUACAACCUGGUGUCCAGGAUCACAGACGGGCUGGGAGAGCUGAAGAAGCUUCUGGAAACUCACAUCCACAACCAGGGCCUGGCUGCCAUCGAGAAGUGUGGGGAGGCCGCGCUUAAUGACCCCAAGGUGUACGUUCAGACCACGCUGGACGUCCAUAAGAAGUAUAACGCCCUCGUCAUGUCUGCCUUCAACAACGACGCCGGCUUUGUGGCCGCGCUCGAUAAGGCAUGUGGUCGCUUCAUCAACAACAACGCCGUCACCAAGAUGGCACAAUCCUCCAGCAAGUCACCCGAGCUGCUGGCCAGAUACUGUGACUCACUGCUCAAGAAGAGCUCUAAGAACCCUGAAGAGGCAGAACUAGAGGAUACACUCAACCAAGUGAUGGUAGUGUUUAAGUACAUCGAGGACAAGGAUGUGUUCCAGAAGUUCUACGCCAAGAUGCUGGCCAAGCGCCUCGUGCAUCAGAACAGUGCCAGCGACGAUGCAGAGGCCAGCAUGAUCUCCAAGCUCAAGCAAGCGUGUGGUUUUGAGUACACCUCCAAGCUGCAGAGGAUGUUCCAGGACAUCGGCGUAAGCAAGGACCUGAACGAGCAGUUCAAGAAGCACCUGACCAACUCUGAACCCCUGGACUUGGACUUCAGUAUCCAGGUGUUGAGUUCUGGAUCGUGGCCGUUCCAGCAGUCCUGCACGUUCGCCCUGCCGUCUGAGCUGGAGCGAAGCUACCAGAGGUUCACUGCCUUCUACGCCAGCAGACACAGCGGACGCAAGCUCACCUGGCUCUACCACCUGUCUAAAGGAGAGCUGGUCACCAACUGCUUCAAGAACAGGUACACCCUGCAGGCCUCUACCUUCCAGAUGGCUCUGCUGCUGCAGUUCAACACUGAGGAUCUAUACACAGUCCAGCAGCUCACAGACAGCACACACAUCAAGACCGACAUUCUGGUUCAGGUUCUACAGAUCCUGUUGAAAUCCAAACUGCUGGUCCUGGAGGAUGACACAGCCAAUGUAGAUGAGGUGGAGUUCAAACCUGACACCCUGAUCAAACUCUUCCUGGGAUACAAAAAUAAGAAGCUGCGUGUGAACAUCAACGUCCCCAUGAAGACAGAGCAGAAACAGGAACAGGAGACCACCCACAAGAACAUCGAGGAGGACCGCAAGCUGCUCAUACAGGCAGCCAUUGUGAGGAUCAUGAAGAUGCGGAAGGUUCUGAAGCACCAGCAGCUCCUGGCUGAAGUCCUCAACCAGCUCUCCUCUCGCUUUAAACCCAGAGUCCCUGUUAUCAAGAAAUGCAUCGACAUCCUGAUAGAGAAGGAGUAUCUGGAGCGCGUGGAUGGAGAGAAGGACACAUACAGCUACUUGGCCUAAACACACCUGGACACAACUCACAUCUUUUACCCUUAACUUUUGUUUUUCCUUUGGAAUUUUUUUAUUUUUUGUGUCUCUGAGUAAUAAAGUGUGAGUCCCCUGAAUGGUGGACACCGUCGUCGUCGUCGGAGAGUGAGAAAGAAAGUGUGGGUGUGUGAGAUGGGAAUACACACCUCGACAGAGAGAUGGUGAACUUGAGGUGAACUCAAUACCUGAUCUCCCCUUCGGGACCAAACAAUGAUCCCAUGGUCUAUUACCUCUCUCACACGCUCUUAGUUUCACAUGUAAAUAUAACUACAGACUUAUAAACCCCUCGCAUAGAGGGGAAUUCAAGAGUACGCCUACAACCAAUCAGAAUGGAGCUGCAUCUAAGGUUACUGCAUGCUAUUGGCUACCUGCGUCAGGAGUCACUGGGCUGCCCGCCUGCUGAAUGAUUGACAGCUAGUACAGCCUAUGGAGAACUCACUGGGAUGGGAGGAGGGGCCUACCUGUAAUAUAUGUAUGUUAGUGAGUGAAGCAACACUUUCGGACGGCGUUCGAAAGACUUGUGGAAACGUUCACGGACGCUUGGCUCUCCAAUGAGCCCCAGGGACUUGUGUAGAUCAGACAUGGAGGAAACAGAAUGGCAACGUUUAAACAGUGGGGAAGAAGAGUGUUGUUGGCCAUUUUAGAAUUGACCACAGGACAGAACUGUUGUCUUAAUAAGAUGAAGAAAAAAAACGAGUACCUUGUACUUUGUCAAUGAAUGACGUACGGCUUCAAAUUAUGUCUUGGGGAAAUAAAAUAAGAGAACUUUUCAAGUACCACAUGAGUACUAUCUAUACCUAAUGAGAACCAAGUGGUGUUUGCUUGUUAUGACGUGCUCACGUUAGGCUGACUGGGAGGGGCUGCAUCAUCCAGAGGUUUCAUGCAACUCUUCUACACAAGUGCCUGGGGGCGUGGCUAGAAACGCUGGGGGCGUGGCUAGAUACGCUGGGGGUGUGGCUAGACACGCUGGGGGCGUGGCUACAUGGUUUAAACCAUUUGUAUAGUGUGGUUCAUUUUCUAAAUGUGUGAUGAAUUAAAAGUUAAAGGUUUCUUUA